AAAUCGGUGUUCCAUAAUGUUGAAAACUUUAUCACUCUUUUUUGUCUUGCAGGUCCAUCGUCCCUACAAGGCUACAACCUAAGAAGGCAAAGUGUUCCUUAGUCACAUGGCCGCCUUUGAUGGGCCAAAGUUCAAGAUGACCGAUGGCUCUUAUGUUCAGACCAAGAGCAUUGAUGUUGGACCAUCAACAGAUAUCUCGCAAUACCUUUCACUUAUAAGAGAAGAUUCUAUCUUGAAUGGAAACCGAGCCGUGAUCUUCGAUGUGUAUUGGGAUGUUGGAUUUCCCGAAACUGAAACCAAAACCAAAACGUCAGGGUGGAGUCUGUCAUCGGUGAAGCUGAGCACGAGAAACCUAUGUCUCUUCCUUCGACUUCCUAAACCUUUUCAUGACAAUCUCAAGGAUCUGUACCGUUUCUUUGCUUCCAAGUUUGUUACUUUUGUUGGAGUGCAGAUCGAGGAAGACCUGAACUUGCUUAGUGAAAACCAUGGUCUUGUGAUAAGAAAUGCGAUUAACAUUGGGAAAUUGGCUGCGAAAGCUCGUGGAACUCUGGUGCUUGAGUUUCUUGGGACAAGAGAAUUGGCGCACAGAGUUUUGUGGUCUGAUUUGGGUCAGCUGGAUUCGAUUGAGGCCAAAUGGGAAAAGGCAGGGUCUGAAGAACAACUUGAGGCUGCAGCCAUUGAAGGGUGGCUCAUCUUCAAUGUUUGGGAUCAAUUAUCCGAGGAGUGAUUUACUUAUCUUUGUGAUUGCUUCUUUUUUUGGUUCUUUUGUUCUUUUGAUGAAAUGACUUGUGAUAUUGUGACUGAAUCUAAGUGAUCCUUUGUAUGUUGUUUGAUGUGAUCAUCAACAAUCACUAAACAAAAAGUGAACAGUUUC